AUGCUCACGCUGAUCAACGGCGAUCUAUCGCGCGAGGUCGAGAGCAUCUCCAGCGAAUCUUCCGAGAAAGGAUAUACGUUCGAGGACUUCUACCAUGAGGUCGGCUUACUCCUUGUUCCAGCGGACUGCAGUGAAGACCUGGAUGAGUAG